GCAGCGCCGGUGGCUCGGAGUCGGCGUAGUCUGGGCUCUGCCGUCUCCCGAACGGGAACGGGAACCUAGAGGAAGCGUGUGUUCGGGUAACUCGAAUUUCGAAAAAAAUUUCUUCGGAAAGAGAAAAAAAAGAGCAAGGGGUCGGUCUUUGGAAGGGAAGAGAGGGAGCGGACGGUAGAGGGAGGGCCAGAGUAGAGGGGAUAGGUAGGGGUCGGUGAAAGAAAGAGGGGAGGAGGAAGAGAAAGAUAGCCGGAGUCUUGCGUGCCACGAGAGAAUACAGAGAGGGCCUCUAAAGUCGAGAGUUAGGAGUCGUGGCUCGUGGUUAGAUAGGAUGCGUGUGCCUGGGUGCGGUGUUCCACCACCACCCGACAGCCGCCGACGGUUCAGCAAGAGCAGCAGCAGCAACGCGACCGGUUACGUGGUAACGAGCAGCAACGCGUACGGCUGCGACGCGCGCGAUCACCGGAGGAAGACGCGAUCUGGGUGCCGGACAGCCUCCUGCCACCUCGGAGACUGUCUGACGGCGGAGACAGCUCGACCAGGACUACUGCCGCCACACGGGUCGAGGGAGAGACCGUGGACCAACUACGACCCCCGAUACGACGCUCGGGACCUAGCGUAGUCGGAGCCGUGCUUUCCUGCUGAUCCUAGGCCGGAAGGCGGCGUCAGGACGACGCUACUAGCGAGCACACGCUCGCUGGAGGACCGUCAGCGCGGUGCAAGCCGGCUUCAGCCUGUGCCACAGCCGACGUCCCAGCUACUCAUGUUCAUCCCGGACACUCUCAGGAGCUGCAUGGUGGAACCGGAUGUCUCGACUUACCUGCAGGCCCCUUCCGUAGGACAGGAUGAGUUCCAUCCAUUCAUUGAGGCCCUCCUACCGUUCGUGAAGUCUUUCUCGUACACGUGGUUCAACCUACAAGCCGCCAAGAGGCGUUACUACAAGAAACACGAGAAGCGGAUGAGUCUCGAAGAAGAACGCCAGUGCAAGGAGGAGCUCCAGAACGAGAAGCUGGAGGUGAAACAGAAAUGGGCCUCGCGGCUUUUAGGCAAAUUACGAAAAGAUAUCACGCAAGAGUACCGAGAGGACUUCGUGCUAAGUAUCACGGGGAAGAGGCCAGCCAUGUGUGUCCUAAGUAAUCCUGAUCAGAAGGGUAAAAUGCGUCGCAUCGAUUGCCUGCGUCAAGCCGAUAAGGUAUGGAGGUUGGACCUGGUAAUGGUGAUCCUCUUCAAGGCAAUUCCGUUGGAGUCAACGGACGGGGAACGGCUGGAGAAGACUGCGGAAUGUGCUCAGCCGGGUCUCUGCGUCAACCCCUAUCACAUCAAUGUCUCCGUCCGGGAACUCGAUCUCUACCUCGCCAAUUUUAUCACCAGCCAUGAGGUCCUAAAUGGCAUCUGUAACGCAAGCAAAGAGGAAGAAAGGCGGCGAAAAGGUACAGGCUACCACGAACUAUAUAACGGUGUUGUCUGCAAUGACACGAUCCUAGCGACAGGUGUCUUCAGCUCCAAGGAGCUCUGGAUGCUUUCAAAAGCGUCCAUACUGCAUGACCUCAGCGACAUGCAGCCUCAAAUAAACGCGAUCAAAAUAGAGCACCCGCCGUACUACUGCAGCAGCUACACCCCUCCGUCCGCAGCCACGGCCGCGGAUCAUGCUCAGCCAGCGGCUAGCUUCAGUUUGUUUUCUCGUUCCGCAGGCCCACCACCGGUGCACCAGCUCAUACGGAACGACAAGACUGAAAAAGCCCCGACGGUUUCCGUUUCGAGUGCGCCGACCUUCUCGCCGGUCCUCAGGCCCGAGGAUGGUCACCGUGGAAUGGACUCUCCGCACUCGCAAACGGGAUUGCACUCUCCUCACGAAGGACUGGCCGGUGGUUCCGGUCAGAGCAUGUCCGGGCUAGCCUACUACCAGCCAGAGCAUCCUGCUUCCACGGGGGUGGUCAAGUACCCCGAGAACGGUCACGACACCCUCUCGGAUUUCGUGACGUUCGUUUGCCAGGAGGCGGAGAAUACUCAACAGUUGCCCCAGGCGCAGCUAGCCGGACCCCGCACUGGUAUACAAAAGUUCUCACAGUAUUAUCCGAGUUCGAUGCUGCCUCCACCGCCGCCGGCCCCGAUGGCGAGGCCUGUCGCUAUCAUAAGGUCGACAGGCGAGUUAACAGCCGCCAGCUCGAACUCACCCCCCACCUCGUCGACCUCGCCAACGGACCCGUCGGAACUGGCGUCCAGUCAGGAGCAGAUGGCGGCCGCGGCCGCAGUGGGUCUCGUCAGUUCCGGUUGCCAGAGUUCCGUCGAUCCUGCAGGAAGGAAGAGCCCGGCCAGGAUCCUCGUCACGGCGCCCCACACCAGCAGGGAAUACACCUUUGCUCACUUUCACUCCCAACCUGGACAGCAAAUAUUCACGUAUCCUACCAUCAGCUCGAUGUCGGGGGUGAUCUCCCCGACGAACCUCUCCCUCUUCUCGUCGCCGGUGUCGGUGACGAGGCCUGUGGCUACCCAGAGAUCGGUGUCUAACGUGCCACCUCGCUGGAACACUGCACCGUUCAUCAAUCUCGAGGACGACUACAACAUGAUCGCCCCCAUCAUCACAGGAACCGCCAGCGAACCGCCUUCCACCAUGGACGAAGUGUACCUUGCAGAACGAUACUUCCAUCCAGUGCACACGAGCAGCGUGGUGGACAAGAGCGGCGCUGGUAACAUGAUGAGCACGGACCUGGGCGUGUCAGCGGACCCGACAUCGCAUCACCAUCAGCCCCAACAGCAGCAGCAGCAGCAACCGCAGCAGCAGCAACAACAGCAGACGCAGCAGCAGCAGCAACAGCAGCAGCAACAAGUGAUGCAGGACAAGAGCGGCAGACCGAAGUCUCCCCCGUGACACUGGAGGCUUAGAGCGGAAAGUCUCGAGAAGCUCGCAUGUUCCACGGGGUCGUUACUCACCACCGCGUACGAUAAUAACCCUGAGCCGGAGGGGAAUCGCCAGGAUUCCUCGUGUCGUGUUCAGCUUCGCGACCUAAGCCUGCGGAGAAUCGAGUGCCUGAGAGUCUGAUCGUAGUUUAAGCGGACACAGUCGAGGGAUCGAGGCGCUUCCGGCACAGCGGCCCACCCGCCACUCUCGAGACUAAACUGAGACCAGGGUCGAUCGAUCGUUGGUCGAGCCUCGCCACCCGCGGGGCUAACUCUUUAACCCUCUGAGGGACACCGCUUCGGAAACUUCCUAGCUUCGUGCUCCACUUCCCACACGGAUUUUGCCUUUCGUUAGGGGACAUUGUUUUGGUUUGCCAAGAUAGAAUGCUCAAAAUGUGGGCGCGGACCCACCAGACUAGGAUUAACCAGGUGUUCAAAUUAUUACAAAGUGCUGAUUUAACUUGGGAUCAAAAGGGUUAGACUAACAUAUUGACAAAGUUUAGUUAACUUAAGCAAUUUUGUUCGCUCGCAUGGAGAACGCACUUUGACCUCAGGGGGUUAACAUUCGGUCAAUUAUUACUUCCGUGCGACGGUCUCCGCGCCACCGGAAGCGUCGUUUUCCUCUCUCGAUACACUGUUAAUUUGUAACUCUCUCCCUCUCUCUCUCCCUCUCUCUCUUUCUCUCUCUCUCUCUCUCUCUUGACUGUCCUCGAAGGACGCGAGUAAGGACCCCUCAUUUCGCCACCUAAGAAGCGUCUGAUCGGUCGCCGAUCGGUCCCAUCGACUGCUAAAACAGUAACAAAAAAAGUGAUCAAAGCAAGAGAGAACUAGAGUAAUCGUUUCUCGCGCGAUUUUAUAAACGAUCUAUUCCUAUUCUUCCUGCUUCGAGGCCCUUCCGAAAGCGUUUUUGUACAUACACGCGAGACUCGUUUGACGGCUGUCGGUCUCGUCGUCGCGGUAUUUUAUAACGUUUUAGAGGAUUCUAGAGUGUAGUAGCGUCUGAAGGGAACGAAGGGACACGCGUUGGACACUUCUGGUCCCCUGUCAAAUUCUCUUCCAAGAAAAGAUUUGGAUCGGGUCUGCGAAGCGAGUGAUCCGAAGGGAAUGUAGCCGUUCUCUUUCUUUUCGGCGUUAGACAAUGUUGUGGUAGGAUUUUUAUAAUUGGAGUUGUCGCUGCCUAGUACUUGGUACCUAAUAGAUAAGAUUAUACCAUGGUAGUGAUACUAUCCAGUAUAGUAGAGCUAGUAUUGCUUACAAGGCUUGAUAGUCCGCAAUGUAAAUUAAGCCACUCCAAUUAAUAUACUGUAACCUAGACUUAACUCUGCUAACUCCACCACUCCAAGGUACUAGGCCGGUAAUUCUAACGUUCAGUUACUCUAACAAUGCUUAUAAUUGACUAGCUGACCUUCGGAACUUGCUUGGCGGACUUGGUUUAGCGAGGAGAAAAACGAAAAAAAAGAUUUUCUAGUGCCAAUUUCUCGAGUAGCUUAUAAAUAUUAUAACGAAAUUAUAAUUUUCUAUUAUAUUUUUUUAUAAUAUUUAUGAAGGAACACACACGCUUGUUUAGACGCGUCGGCGGAAGUGGUUUUUUGUAGUCGAGGCAGAAGCUUCUUCUUCUUCUUCGAGCGUUUUUAAGAAAAACAGAGAAAGAGAACAAGAAGGGUAAAAAAAUAUGAUAAUAAUUAUUGUUAUUAUUAUAGAGACGAAGGUCGAGGGGAUCCGAUCGACGAGUCCGGUGGAACGGAUGUUAAACCGGUCCACGAACCACGGAUAAUAAUAUUAAAUAACUUUCUAAUUGUAUCGUUAAAUAAUAAUCGCCUACAUGCUCAGGCUAGUGCUAACACUAGUGAACACAACGAGAACUAAGAAACGAGAGGAAGACUAGCUGCGGACUAGUCACCAGAGGCUGCUAGUUAGAAACAAAGUGAAUAUUUAAUAUUGAAAUUAUUAUCGAGAUUAAGCGGUUACAAAAAAAAUAAGAAAAACACGUUAUACCGAACUGCUGCGAAAGAGGAAAGAAGAGGAAGAGGAAGAGCCAACACAAAAUGGAAGUAGAAUGGGAAACGAAGACGGACGAUAUUCGAGAUAGUGAGAGAUCUAUAGUUAUUAACUAUUUAGAAAUUUAGUGGUAAACGUCGCGCGACGAGAUAUAUUAUUAAUUGUAACAUCGAACUCGACGACAACGAAGGUCCUAGCCUACAGGGUGUUUCGUUACAUGCGUCGCUCGCUUUAUUACGCGUACUCUUUUAUUGUAA